AUGGAUGGAAAGAAAAGUUUUAGCGGGGUAGAGUAUUGCAAGCGGGCUAAAGAAAAAGAAGAUAAGCAAAAACAUGUGAUUAAAAAAAGUCGAAAAUUAGACAAUUUCUUUGGAAAACCUUCUACAGACGCUGAAGAUCAUGAGAAAAGUAUAUGUAGCGGUGCUACGCCAACUGAUAGUGCUUCAGUAUCUUCAAGCGCAAGUACUUUGGUAGUUUUCGCAAGUGGGUCAAAGGAAAAAGCUGAAGAAGUCCCACCAGUACCAAGAGUGCAACCCAAUUCGGACCAGAGGCUGUGCAAAAUUAGCGACGAUCCAAACAAAUGGAUAAUCGACGAUUUCACGCGUGAUUACAUUUGUAAGAACGGAGCCAAUCAAAACAUCAAAAACGAUUUUCCCAAGAGUGAACGGAUUUACAAACAUAAAGCACGUCACUUGUCCGAACACUUAUUCGAACGUCAGCUUGUAAAUGGCGAAAAAGUUCCGAAGCAAAGACUAAAAGAUCUUGCUUUACUCAACAUAGAAGCGGAUUAUUUAAGCAAAAUGGAUUGCGAAGAGUUAAUUAAUGAUUUUGCUGCACUUAAGUGUAGACGCGUUUUGUAA